AUGCAGACUGCUUCCACAAACAUUUGUGAAAGAAUGGGCCGCUCUCAGGAGCUCAGUGAAUUCAUGCGUGGUACCGUGAUAGGUUGCCACCUGUGCAAUAAGUCCAUCCGUGACAUUUCCUUGCUACUAAAUGUUCCACGGUCAACUGUUAGUGGUAAUAUAACAAAGUGGAAUCAACUGGGAUCAACAGCAAUUCAGUCACGAAGUGAGUGGGUGUCAGCGCAUGCUGAAACGCAGUGCGCAGAAGUCGCCAAGUGCCUGCAGAGUCAAUAGCUAAAGACCUCCAAACUUUGUGUGGCCUUCAAAUUGGCACAAUAGCAGUGCUUAGAGAGCUUCAUGGAAUGGGUUUCCAUGGC